AUGAUCCCUUUAAAUCACACGCUUGUUUUAUGGGUGUUCAUAGUUACCGUGACAAUAGGAAGCAUUACUAAGCUCUUAAAGUGGUGGAAAGUGAAGCAAAUCAAAGAUUCUCUUCUGACCAAACUACAAAUCAAGUAUUUUAUUUGCUACUUCUCAUUCAUGGCCGGAUUCAUCUUCCAAGGUCCAUAUGUUCACCAAAGAUAUCACGAAACUGGAAUGACAAAUCCACAAAUUGAUAAUAUUAUGUCUAUUUUCAACGUUGUUUCGGCUAUUUGGGGCUUCGUCAUUGGCUACGCAUGUGAUCUUCUCGGUCACAAGAACCUUAUUAUCAUAUCUGCAAUCCUUCUUGGUGGAAGUUCAUUUUGCCGCUCUUAUGGCACGUAUUACUCGUUUAUAAUCUCAUCAGUACUCAUGGGUGUAUCCACUGCAUCUAAUAGAGUUGUUUUUGAGGACUGGCUUGCUGUACAACUCGAGCAAAACAAGGCUCCAAAGGAAUCUCAAGCAAUUAUCAAGGAAAACUCUGCUUUACUAAACUUCUGCCUCAAUCUUAUACUCAGCCAAAUCAGUUCUAAGGUUUCUACCGCUUUUGGAUCGAAAUACGCUUUUAUUGGCUCAACAAUUCUAUUUUCUGUUUCUGCUUUCAUUAUUUUUGUUACUAUGCCAAAAUUCACUCGUGAACAUGAGAAGAAAUCCAGCUAUUUCGGCGCAAUCAAAGAAAUUAUUUUGAAUUUUAAGAAUUUCGAGUACGCGAUCUUCUUUAUUAUCGAUUUUCUCUACUCCAUGAUACUUCUUCUCUACAACCCGAGAUGGACAGUCUUCCAUAAGAUAAAUAAAACCGAAAAAAUACCAUUAUCUCAGAUUUCGAACUCAGCUUCGAUUUCUCAAAUGAAUGGUGCCCAAAUAUUAUCAGCAGCCAUCCUGUUCUUCUCUCCUGCCUCUUGCUUGGCCGGAAGUUUCGUUUCAUAUUCAUUUUGCAUUUUCUCGAUGUAUUUAUUCUACAACACCAAGUCCUACAUGUUCUUGGCUUAUGUAUGCGCUGCAAUGUCCAAUGGAGCCAUAAACAGUGGAAUUUGGACACUUAGAAGUGAAAUUUAUCCUUCUUCCAUCAGAAAACACCUUCUUGGCAUUGUUCGUGUCCCAGUAAGCUUGGUCGUUACUUUAAUCCUCCAAUUAAUGAAAGGAUCUGAAACAGUUGACAUUUUAUUUGUUAUUGUCUGCUUAGCUUUUACAACAGCUACUUUAAUGACAAUCCUUGGAUUUCAUAGGAAACUUCGUAAUCCUAAAUCUGCAUAA